AUGUCUGAGUCUGAAAAGAGAAAAAAAUUAUCAGGCUACCAAUACAGAAAAGAACGUCUGGAAAAACAGGAACGCCUGAAAAGUCUGACUUCAGAUAUUUCAAAUUUUUUUCGACCUCGCAGUAGUCGCGAUGGAGAAGGGUCUUCAUCACAGUCUCAGCCCGAUCCUACCUCGGAAGAUGCGGACAUAACCAUUGCUGUCGAAGACGGAGACAGAGCGAAUGUGUCUGUACAAGAAAAUAGUGUUGAAGCUGAAGACUAUCAUGAUGAUUGUGCUAUUGACCUUAAAAAAAUUUAUGAUCUUGCAAAGUGGCCAAAUAUCAUUAGCGAUAAUUUGAAAAUAUUAAUCGUGAAGAAAGGUCCUUGUCAAGUAAGGAAUGUAAUUUUUCCUAAAGAUAACCACGGUAGGGCUUUUUCAGAGAAUUAUUACAUCAAAAGAUUGCAUAACGAAAGCCAGGUGAGGAGAAGAAAAAAGAAAAGACAAUUUGAUUAUGAAGGCGAUGAUGAGAGUAUCAGCAGUCCGGAAAAUAGCUUCAAGGUGAAUUUUUUUUGCAGUACUAGACACUGCGUCAAAUGCUUUAGUGGAGAGGUUUGA